AGUAGGAACUGAGGGUUGAGGAAGUGUCACUUCUUCACAUGCUGUCAGACAUUUAGACGUCUCAUACAAGAAACUAUGAUAUCAUUCACAUGCUGUCCGCUAAUAGACAUGGAGCGGCUGUUUUGGUUUUCUCUUUUGCUCACCUACCUGCCAGUAACAGAGAGCAUGGAAAAUGCUGACAGCUGUUUAUCACAGCCAGAAACGGUGAUCUUGCAAACAGGACAAAGUGCUUUUCUUCCUUGUACUGUCAGUUCACAUUGUUCAGCCAACGACUGGGAUUAUGAGUGGAUUUCUUUCAAAGAAAGCACCUGUAUUCGUAUAAAUCUGAAAAAUCCUCUGAAGUACAGUCUGGAAGGAGCAUCUUUACACAUUCGGUCACUUCAAGCUAAUGACAGUGGGAUCUACUACUGUGCUGCACUAAACCAUGGAGACUCCGCACACGGCACGCAGCAUGUAGGGUUUGGUACAACUCUUGUAGUGAGAGAACGAUUUAAAAUAAGGACGAAGCACAUUCUUCUGUGGCUGUCAUUUGUCCUUUUGGCCAUCUACAGCUUGGUAAUACUGACACUUAUUAUAAAGAAGUGUGGCUGCAGAAAGAAUGCCAAAACUGAAAAGACAAAGAAGACCUCAACUAAAAAAACACAAUUCCGCGAUGUGCUACAAGAAAUGUACAGCAAAAGGAACUUUGAGCGAAGCAAACAAACUGUGAGCAGAAACGUUUCUGAAGUUGAGGCUGGAAACACCGACAACAAUAGUUCAUCUGAUGACAUCUAUCAAAAUGUCUAAACGACACGUCAGACCUGCAUCAUCCUGAUAGAGGAACUUCUAAAGUUAUCAAACACCAGAUGCUGUUAUGAGACUAAGGAAAUGAGCAAAUUAACAUGAGCUGCAGAGUACUUCUAUUAUUAUUUCUCAAGAUUCAGCAGUGACGGACACACAGACCAGUCUUGUAGCUAUUAUAGUUUUAUUUAUGCUCUGUUGAUCUGAAUGAAUAUCGUAGUACCUUCAACAAUUUCAUUCUUUUCAAAAACAGUGCAGGAAACUGGAAAAAAAGAAAGGAAAUCCAAUCCAUAAUGUGAUGUAGUCACAUGAUUUUAAUCAAUCAAUUCCAUUUAUUCAAUAGAGUUCAGAUAAUAAUCCGUUCUAUAGAAAAAUAAUUUGUGAUUUGUACAUUCAGAAAGAGAGUAAAAAGUAGGACAGGAUAUUUACAUUUCCAGGACAAAUGUUUGUAUGCUUCAGAAGAGCAAAGUAAAAAAAAUAAAAAUAAUUACUGACACACCUUCAACACAUCAUGAAAUCACAAACAUUUCAUAGAUAAUGCACUUUUAUUAAAAUCAUUGGAAGCCAACCAAAAAGGCACAGUAUUAUAUAUAAUGCAGUACAGUGUAUGGUAGACCAUGUUUAAAGUAAGAGAGAAAAUAUAUUUCUGGUUUGUAAGGCAACAUUUCACCUGAUAUCUCUGUGAUUCAUCUUGCAGUGUCAUAUUUUGUACCAUGACUUCAUAUAUGUUUAUUCACUGCAAAUACCUACAGAAAGCGUUAACAUUAGAAUAUACCUCUGCAUUAUUUGUAAAGUUAAAGUGGAUGUUUAUUUGUCUAUGUGCUUCUUUUUUUUUACACAUUAAAAGCUGUGAUAUGAACUUUUAG